CCUCAAACUGAACUUCUCGCCGAUGAAGCUCGUCUCUGAGGUACGAGUCCUUUUCACCGCUUCCCCUUUGUUUCUGUUACGGUGAUGAUCAAUCGGAACAACCUUAGAAAUACGGCAGUAUUCCAGGUGCAGUAUUCCAGUGAACAGAGGAUGGCGCUGUUCAGUCAGAUCUUCACUGCUCUGCUGCUGCUGCUGCAGUUGGACCUGCAUCUGUUUGGUGGAUCUGAGGCGGCAGCUCCUCAAACUCCCAGCUGUUCUGCCUCUGCUGGGGUUCCAGGAACUCCCGGACACAACGGCGCUCCUGGCCGAGACGGGAGAGACGGAAAGGAUGGAGCUGCCGGACCCAAAGGAGAGAAGGGAGAGCCGGGACUGAGCGUGCAUGGACAUCAAGGAAAGGCAGGACCAGCAGGACCACCAGGUCCAACAGGUCGAGUAGGUCCACCAGGACCCCAAGGACCAAAGGGAGUUCCAGGUUCACCAGGUUCGGUGUCAAAUGACUUGAUCACAUCUCUUCAGUCUGAAGUCCAAGCUCUCAAAGCCAGACUGACUGUAGCAGAGAAAAUUCUCAGUUUCAGCACCUUCAGAAAAGUCGGGCAGAAAUUAUUCCUAAUGCACAGGACGGAGGCGACGUUCGACAGAGGCCAGAAGCUCUGCACCGAUGCCGGCUGGACGCUGGCUGUACCGAGAAAAGAAGCUGAAAAUAAAGCCCUGUCUGAAAUGAUCGCACAGGUCGCGGCGUCUCACGCGUACAUCGGCGCAACCGACCGAGAGAAAGAGGGUCAGUUUGUAGAUGUUCACAAAGCGCCUCUGACCUUCACCAAAUGGAAAAAUGGUGAGCCCAACAAUAAUAAUGGGUCAGAGCACUGCGCUGGGAUUUAUACCAGCGGAGAAUGGAACGACUUCAACUGUGACAUAAACCGAAAAAUAAUAUGUGAAACAGAAAGUUGAGUCGAGUUCAAGCUCAUAAAUACAGAAACGUGACAACAGCCAGGUUUCUGGAGAGCAGCUGAGCUUCGUUCUCAUUAUUCCUCUUUGGGUAACGUCACCGAACUGCUUCACUAACAAACGAGGCUGACGCGGCAGAGCGAUUUAUACCAGUGGUCAUUCUCUAAUGAUGAACAUGCGUU